AAGUUGUUAAGUCGGGUAAAAAGAACCCGCUAUUUUAAUGUAAAGAAAGAGUUAGGGUUUCUUUUCCCAAAAAAUUUUAAGUCGAGCAGCUCAGCCAUGGCGGAAACUGAACCUCAAGCCUCCGAAACCGUAUCACAGACCGGGAAAGAAGAAACCUCUGCACAGAAAAUGGACGUGGAAGCUCAAGCCGCCGAUGAUGCGGCUGAGAACGGCGGCUCGAAGCGUCUAAGGGAGGAGGGAGACGAGCUAGAGGUGAAUGGAGAGAAUGGAGACGCCACGAAGAAGCCGAAAGUCGACAACUCCGGCGAAGAAGAAAAGAAAGAUGGGUCGGAUCCUGUUAGCGUGGGUCCGAAGAGCUUUGGGUCGUCUGUGGAGAUGUUUGAUUACUUUUACAAACUCCUCCAUUCCUGGACUCCCAAUCUCAAUCUCAACAAGUAUGAGCAGAUAGUCCUACUUGACUUACUUAAGAAGGGCCAUUCAGAACCAGAGAAGAAGAUUGGUACAGGAGUUCGCGCUUUCCAAAUCCGAUUUCAUCCACAGUUCAAAAGUCGCUGCUUCUUUGUUAUUAGGGAGGAUGAUUCUGUGGAUGAUUUUAGCUUUAGGAAGUGUGUAGAUCAGAUACAACCCCUUCCAGUGAACAUGCAAGUAAAACAUUAUGCUAACGGUGGAAAAGGUGGUGGUGGUGGAGGAAGAGGAGGUGGAUAUGGGCGUGGCCGUGGAAGAGGAGGGAGGUCAAGAUACUAAACAAGCUGACAAUAGAGUGCCAAAUUCUUCUGAUCAGUCUUGUUAAGUGCUGUUUAAAAUCCAAAUUUUGGUUUGUUACAUCUAUAUUCCCGCAGUUUUGCCGUAAUGUUUUUUGCUUGGUAAAGUCUCAUGCCUGUAAGAACUACAUGAAAUAACAUUUUAUUGGCAGUAUCACCUAUUAUCUUACCAAAAGUUGGUUAAAUUUUGUUAAAUAUGAGAAGCCUUCUGAUUGUUGUCUGA